AUUCCAGGCUGGCCCGCAGACCCAGUUGGAUCCAGGGUGUCGGUGCCGAUACCAGCUGUGUGUUUACACUAUGCUUGGCGUUCCAUUCACUUUUGUCUCAUCGUAGCGCCAAAUAUUCACACCGAAGAUGAUUUUUUCCAACACGGGAAACACACUACGGACUCCCUUUCGCAAGCAGUCACCUGUCACCCUGCUGUCUCCGCCCAUGGCUCCGCCCAGCCCAGGCAGCAGCAGCAGCAGCAGCACCGCCGGCUGGGAGCAGCUCAGCAGGACUAACUUGUACAUCCGAGGACUGUCCCCGUCCACCAGCGACCGUGACCUCGCCCAUCUGUGCCAGCCGUAUGGCAAGAUUGUAUCGACAAAGGCGAUCCUGGACAAGGCGACUAACAAAUGCAAAGGGUAUGGCUUUGUGGACUUUGAUAGUCCGGCUGCAGCCCAGAAAGCCGUGACUGCCCUCAAGAGCAGCGGGGUUCAGGCUCAGAUGGCAAAGCAACAAGAACAAGACCCGACCAACUUGUACAUCUCCAACCUGCCUCUGUCCAUGGAUGAGCAGGAACUGGAGAACAUGCUCAAGCACUUCGGCCAGGUCGUCUCCACUCGCAUCCUGAGGGACUCCAGUGGAGUCAGCAGAGGAGUCGGCUUUGCCAGGAUGGAGUCGACAGAAAAAUGCGACGCAGUCAUUUCCCACUUCAAUGGCAAGUUCAUGAAGACGCCCGCAGGUGUGCCAGCACCUUCUCAACCUUUGCUCUGCAAGUUUGCUGACGGCGGGCAGAAGAAGAGACAAAGCCAGAACAAAUUUCUCUCCAGCGGUCGAGGCUGGCUCAGAGAGGGAAGUGCCAGACUGGCUGGUAUGGCACUCACAUACGACCCCAGUGCAGCUGCCAUGCACAACGGGUUCUUCCCAGCAGCGUACAGCAUCUCCAACAGGAUCAUUGCUCACACCUCCAUGUCUCCUUACAUGUCUCCACUCUCUGCAUACCAGGUGCAGAACCCAUCAUGGAUGCCUCAUCAACAUUACCUUUUGCAGCAUCCUGCUGCAGUCAUGUCGCCCCCUAUGGACCCUCCCUUGUCACUGCAGCACACCUCCAUGAUGUCACCGCUCACGCAACACAUGAGUCACAUGACUUUGGGCACCACUGGAGGGUUCAUGGCGGCCAACACUCCCCUGGCAGGCGCUUACCUGCCUGCGUACUCGCACGUGCACUCGGCAUGCCUACCUGGCCAGGAAAACGGCCUGUCGUCACAGGCGGACACACCUGGCAACCCUUCCCCGUAUCCAUAGCAACACGGCGUCAACAAGCACCGCAGCGAGGACCCUUCCACGUUUUGACGGCAUCCUUUUCUUUUUUGUCAAAACAUUUUCAAAGCCUUUCAUCGGGUGUUGGAAAAGACUCCGUUUUGAAAAAAAAAGUUUUUAUUUUCAUACAAGAAAUGUUUAUUUUUUACCAAAGAUUGUUGCCAAAUACAAGACAGAAACACGCACUGCGACAAAUAUCUUUUUUUUUUUACAAUGUUUUUAUGCUUGCUGUGUGGGCGUGGCCAUGGCAAAGUGUGUGUGCGUGUGUGUGUGUGUUUGUGUGUGAGGCGACUUCCCAUGGUGCUUUAGAAGGGCAAUGUUGUCUGACUCCACUCUGCCUUAACACUUUCACUCCACUCUGGGCCUGAUCUACUAAGAGUUUGCGUGUACUAAAACACACUUGAUAGCACACAAAGCUGAUCUACUAGACUUCCUUCUCCUCCGCCACUUGGUCCAGCUCCUCCCGGGGGAUCCCCAGGCAUUCCCAGGCCAGCCGGGAGAGAUAGUCUUCCCAACGUGUCCUGGGUCUUCCCUCGUGCCCUCCUACCGGUCGGACGUGCCCGAAACACCUCCCUAGGGAGGCGUUCGGGUGGCAUCCUGACCAGAUGUCCGAAGCACCUCAUCUGGCUCCUCUCCAUGUGGAGGAGCAGCGGCUUUACUUUGAGCUCCUCCCGGAUGGCAGAGCUUCUCACCCUAUCUCUAAGGGAGAGCCCCCCGCCCGGCGGAGGAAACUCAUUUCGGACGCUUGUACCCGUGAUCUUGUCCUUUCGGUCAUAACCCAAAGCUCAUGAUCAUAGGUGAGGAUGGGAACGUAGAUUGACCGGUAAAUUGAGAGCUUUGCCUUCCGGCUCAGCUCCUUCUUCACCACAACGGAUCGAUACAGCGUCCGCAUUGCUGAAGACGCCGCACCGAUCCGCCUGUCGAUCUCACCAUCCACUCUUCCCUCACUCGUGAACAUGACCCCGAGGUACUUGAACUCCUCCACUUGGGGCAAGAUCUCCUCCCCAACCCGGAGAUGACACUCCACCCUUUUCCGGGCGAGAACCACGGACUCGGACUUGGAGUUGCUGAUUCCCAUCCCAGUCGCUUCACGCUCGGCUGUGAACCGAUCCAGUGAGAGCUGAAGAUCUUGUUUAGAUGAAGCCAUCAGGACCACAUCAUCUGCAAAAAGCAGAGACCUAAUCCUGCAGCCACCAAACCAGAUACCCUCAACGCCCUGAAUGCGCAGAGAAAUUCUGUCCAUAAAAGUUAUGAACAGAAUCAGUGACAAAAGGCAGCCUUGGCGGAGUCCAACCCUCACUGGAAACGUAUCCGACUUACUGCCGGCAAUGCGGACCAAGCUCUGACACUGAUCAUACAGGGAGCGGACCGCCACAAUCAGACAGUCCGUUACCCCAUACUCUCUGAGCAUUCCCCACAGGACUUCCCGGGGUACACGGUCGAAUGCCUUCUCCAAGUCCACAAAGCACAUGUAGACUGGUUGGGCAAACUCCCAUGCACCCUCAAGGGCCCUGUCGAGAGUAUACAGCUGGUCCACAUUUCCACGACCAGGACGAAAAACACACUGUUCCUCCUGAAUCCGAGGUUCGACUAUCCGGCGUAGCAUCCUCUCCAGUACACCCGAAUAGACCUUACCAGGAAGGCUGAGGAGUGUGAUCCCACAAUAGUUGGAACACACCCUCCGGUUCCCCUUCUUAAAGAGAGGAACCACCACCCCGGUCUGCCAAUCCAGAGGUAUGUCCCCGAUGUCCACGUGAUGUUGCAGACUCUUGUCAACCAAAACAGCCCCACAGCAUCCACAGCCUUAAGGAACUCCGGGCGGUUCUCAUCCACCCCCGGGGCCUUGCCACCGAAGAGCUUUUUAACUACUUCGGCAACCUCAGUCCCAGAAAUAGGAGAGCCCACCACAAAUUCCCCAGGCACUGCUUCUUCAUAGGAAGAUGUGUUGGUAGGAUUGAGGAGGUCUUCAAAGUAUUCCCUCCACCGAUCCACAACAUCCGCAGUCGAGGUCAGCAGAACACCAUCCCCACCAUACACGGUGUUGACAUUGCACUGCUUCCCCUUCCUGAGGUGGCGGAUGGUGGUCCAGAAUCGUUUCGAAGCCGUCUGGAAGUCGUUUUCCAUGGCUUCCCCGAACUCCUCCCAUGUCCGAGUUUUUGCCUCCGCGACCGCUAAAGCCGCACACCGCUUGGCCUGUCGGUACCUGUCUGCUGCCUCCGGAGUCCUAUGAGCCAAAAGAACCCGAUAGGACUGUUUCUUCAGCUUGACGGCAUGCCUCACCGCCGGUGUCCACCAGCGGGUUCUAGGAUUACCGCCACGACAGGCACCAACCAGCUUGCGGCCACAGCUCCAAUUGGCUGCCUCGAAAAUAGAGGUACGGAACAUCGUCCACUCGGACUCAAUGUCCAGCACCACCCUCAAAGUUCUUCCGGAGGUGGGAAUUAAAACUCUCUCUGACAGGAGACUCUGCUAGACGUUCCCAGCAGACCCUCACAAUGCGUUUGGGCCUGCCUGGUCUGUCCGGCAUCCUCCCCCACCAUCGCAGCCAACUCACCACCAGGUGGUGAUCAGUAGAAAGCUCCGCCCCUCUCUGUCCAAAACAUAAAACCGCAAAUCCGAUGACUCAACUACAAAGUUGAUCAUGGAACUGCGGCCUAGGGUGUCCUGGUGCCAAGUGCACAUAUGGACACCCUUAUGUUUGAACAUGGUGUUUGUUAUGGACAAUCUGUGACGAGCACAAAAGUCAAAUAACAGAACACCACUCGGGUUCAGAUCCAGGCGGCCAUUCUUCCCAAUCACGCCUCUCCAGGUUUCACUGUCGUUGCCAAUAUGAGCGUUGAAGUCCCCCAGUAGGACACUCCCUCGAGUGAAUCCAAAAAGUGUGGGUACUCUGAGCUGCCGUUUGGCGCAUAAGCGCAAACAACAGUCAGGACCCGUCCCCCCCACCCGAAGGUGGAGGAAAGCUACUCUCUCGUCCACUGGGUUGAACUCUAACGUGCAGGAUUGAGCCGGGGGGGGGGCAACAAUAAUUGCCACCCCAGCCCGUCGCCUCUCACUGCUGGCAACGCCAGAGUGGAAUAGAGUCCAGCCCCUCUCAAGAGAACUGGUUCCAGUGCCCUUGCUGUGCGUUUAAGUGAGGCCGACUAUAUCUAGCCGGAACUUCUCCACCUUGCGCAAUAGCUCAGGCUCCUACCCCCCCAGCGAGGUGACGUUCCACGUCCCAAGAGCUAGCUUAUGUAGCUGAGGAUCGGACCGCCAAGUGCCGCCCAGCUCACAUUGCACCCAACGUCUAUGGCCCCUGCUAUGGGCGGUGAGCCCAUUGGAGGGGGGACCCACAUUGCCUCUUCGGGCACCAGACGCUCGCCAUCGUGCGCCACCUCCGGGCCUGGCUCCAGAGGGGGGCCUCGGUGACCCGCGUCCGGGCGAGAGAAAUCUGGGUCCUUUGUUUGUAUUCUUCAAACAUUCUUCGAGCUGCUGAUCCCUCACCUAGGACCAGUUUGUCUUGGGAGACCCUACCAGGAGGGGGCAUGAAAGCCCCCGGACAACAUAGCUCCUAGGAUCAUUGGGACACGCAAACUCCUCUACCACGAUUUUAUACUUUAUACACACUAAUAGUAAAUGCUAUUUUAUGGAUUGUACACUCUUAAUAGUACACACUAUUUAUAGAUUUUACACACUAAUAGUACACACUAUUUUAUACUUUGUACACACUAAUAGUACACAGUGUCGUAUGAUUGUACACACUAAUAGUACACAGUGUCGUAUGAUUGUACACACUAAUAGUACACAGUGUCGUAUGAUUGUACACACUAAUAGUACAUGCUAUUUUAUACUUUGUACACACUAAUAGUACACAGUGUUGUAUGAUUUUACACACUAAUAGUACACAGUGUGGUAUUAUUGUACACACUGUUUAGUAUUACAGUCUUAGUAGAUCAGGCCUUCAUGUUUCAAUGUUACUUCCCCUCACACCUGUGUUAAGUCCCGCCCCCUUUUGCCCAAAGGUGUGUUGAAGGUUGUGCUGCACAAAGGUUGUCAUGGAACUAUUCUAGUAGUGAAGUUAGCAUCAAAGUACAAUUCAUCAUCAGCUCCAUAAAAACGGUAAAAGUUCCACCAAAACAUUUUUGGUCGGGUGGAUGUGGACAAGUUGUGUGUGUGUGUGUGUGUGUGUGUGUGUGUGUGUGUGUGUGUGUGUGUGUGUGUGUGUGUGUGUGUGUGUGUGUGUGUGUGUGUGUGUGUGACAUCACACAGGUGUCAUGAUACUUUUAUGUACAUUUGUUGCUAUUUUGAUGACGUUGUGUGUGUUUUUGUUUUUUCACUUUUCACUUGCCAAGCUGAGAGUGUGUGUAGUUGUGUAGCUGGCAGACAAAAUGUUGUCGCUUAGUGGGAUCAGUAAAGAUGACAAUACUGAUCUCACAAUCAGACUUUGAUAUCACCGCCUCAGCACUUGUGUGCCUUCUUGCAAUACUCACACUUGGCAUCAUGCAUCACACACAACAUAUAACACACAACAUAUAACAUAAAACACACAACAUAUAACACACAACAUAUACCACACAACAUACAACACAUAACAUAAAACACACAACAUAUAACACACAACAUAUACCACAACAUAAACACACAACAUAUAACACACAACAUAUACCACACAACAUACAACACAUAACAUAAAACACACAACAUAUAACACACAACAUAUACCACACAACAUACAACACAUAACAUAAACACACAACAUACAACACACAACAUAUAACACACGACAGGUAGCAACACAACGCAUACAACAUAACACGCAAAACACAGCACACAAAACAACACAACAUUGAGCACACGACAUAUAACACACAACAUAAAACACACAACAUAUAACACGCAACAUUGAACACACAGCAUUGAACAAAACAUGAAACACACAACAUUGAACACACGACAUAAAACACUCAACAUUUAACACACAACAUAAAACGCACAACAUUGAAUAUACAACAUUGAACACACAACUUAAAACGCACAACAUUGAAUAUACAACAUUGAACACACAACAUUGAACACACAAAAUAAAACACACAACAUUGAAUAUGCAACAUUGAACAUACAACACACAACAUUGAACACACAACAUUGAACAUACAACAUUGAACACACAACAUAAAACAUGCAACACAACAUACAACACACAACUUUGAACACACAACAUAAAACAAACAACAUAGAACACACAACAUUGAACACACAACAUAAAACAUACAACACACAACAUUGAACACACAACAUAAAACAUACAACACAACAUAGAACACACAAUAUAAAACAUACAACAUAAAACACACAGCAUUGAACACACAACAUAGAACACACAACAUUGAACACAGCAUAAAACAUACAACACAACAUAGAACACACAAUAUAAAACAUACAACAUAGAACACACAAUAUAAAACAUACAACAUAGAACAAACAACAUAAAACAUACAACAUAGAACAUAAAACAAAGAACACACAACAUAAAACAUACAACACAACAUACAACAUUGAACACACAAUAUAAAACAUACAACAAAGAACACACAACAUAAAACAUACAACACAGAACACACAACAUAAAACAUACAACACAACAUACAACAUAGGACACACAAUAUAAAACAUACAACAUUGAACACACAACACAACAUGCAACAUAGAACACACCACAUAGGACACACAACAUAGAACACACAACCUCACAAUGCAGUGUGGGUGCAACAAGUGAUUGGACAAAGAAGAUAAAAAGAAAGUUAGAUGAACUAAAAGUUUUUUUUCUCACAACUUUGAUCUACCUCAGUCUCUACUUCCUCACUUCUAGUCCUGGUUAGUCUGACCCAGGUUAGUCUAACCCAAAUGCAUCUAACCCAAAUUAAUCGAACCCAGGUUAAUUUAACCCAAAUGAGUCUAACCCAGGUUAGUCUAACCCAAAUUCAUAUAACCCAGGUUAGUCUAACCCAAAUUAGUCUAACCCAUGUUAGUCUAACCCAAAUUAGUCCAACCCAGGUUAGUCUAACCUAAAUUCAUAUAACCCAGGUUAGUCUAACCCAAAUUCAUAUAACCCAGGUUAGUCUAAUCCAUAUUAGUCUAACCCAAAUUAGUCCAAACCAGGUUAGUCUAACCCAAAUUAGUUUAACCCAGGUUAAACUAAUUCAUCUAACCCAGGUUAGUCUAACCCAAAUCCGUCUAACCCAGGUUAGUCCAACCCAAAUUCAUACAACCCAGGUUAGUCUUACCCAAAUUAGUCUAAUCCAGGUGAGUCUAUACCAAAUGUGUCUAACCCAGGUUAGUCUAACCCAAAUUCUUAUAACCCAGGUUAGUCUAACCCAGUUUAAUCUAACCAAGGUUAGUCUAACCCAGUUUAAUCUAACCCAAGUUAAUCUAGCCCAGGUUAGUCCAGGCCAGGUUGGACUAAACCCAGUUAAACUAAACCAGGUUAGUCUAAGCCAGGUUAGACUAAACCAGGUUAUUCUAGCCCCAGGUUAGUUUAGGCUAGGUUAGUCUAGGCCAGGUUAGUCUAGAUUCCUGCAUCAGGUUUCUUCACACGUGUUGUUGGCGUUGAAUGCAGUUUUUGAGAGGCGGUUUAGGAAGAGUCCGGGUGUUGUCAACAAAAAGGUGUUGAUUGAUGAGAUGAGAGUUGACAAAGUGUUAGUUGUGUGGAGAACAAGCAAGUGUUGCCAAGUCUUGUGUGGACAAAAGUGAAACAAUUCUGAGGGUUUUAAUUCAUCAACUUUUGUGUACACAACUUAAGGAAAAAGUUGUGAUGUUUUGUAUUUUUGUUUUGUACCACACACGCUUGUACUGUGUGUGUCUACAGUGUGUGUACACAGUUUGUGUGUACAGUGUAUAUACAGUGUGUGUGUACAGAGUGUAUACAGUGUGUGUGUACAGUGUGUAUACAGUGUGUGUGUGUAUGGUGUGUGUGUGUAGAGUUGAAAGCUUCCAUGUGUCUGUGUUUAAGUUCCAUGUGUGUGUGUGUGUGUGUGUGUGUGUGUGUGUGUGUGUGUGUGUGUGUGUGUGUGUGUGUGUGUGUGUGUGUGUGUGUGUGUGUGUGUGUGUGUGUGUGUGUGUGUGUGUGUGUGUGUGUGUGUGUGUGUGUGUGUGUGUUUAAGGCCAAACUUGUGUCUCUCUUGGUUGCUGCCUCAGGUUUUUUUUGUUUUUUUCAUUGAUUUGAUUAUUUUUAAUAAUAAAAUAUUUUUCAAUUGUUA